AGCAUUGAAAUGAAGUGAAGUAAUAGGUAGCGGCAAAUUUUGUUUUGUUUUUGUAAUUUUUAUUUGUAAACAUUCAAAUGUUAUAAAUGUCUUUCUUAUUUAAUUUGAAUUGAAAAUUAAUUCCCUUAUUUAUUGUUUCCAUGGAAUGUUUCUAUGGAAAAGCUUACAAUCAUUUUGUAAUUAUAUAGAUUUGCCGAAACAAGAUAAAAUGUCAGAUUCGGAAUCACAGCCAACAGCGAAAAAAGCAAGAUGCAUACCAUUACAUUUAAUUAAUCAUUCUGAUCAAUCUACACAUGAAGAAUCCGGCGAAGAUAUUGAUGAAACAUCAAGCAUCGGUAGUGCAUCGACAGUUGAUAAUACUUCCCGAAGUGAUACUCCUACAAAUAAAAAGGGAAAAAGAGGAAAAGGACGUUGGAAAUUUAAAAACUGCAAGUUAGCUUAUAAAUGUGCUACUUAUAUAAAAGAAGAUCAUGGCCAACCAUUAUUUGGUGUACAAUUCAAUCCUUACGUAAAGGAAGGACAGAAUAUUUUUGCAACCGUUGGAAGCAACAGGGUCACUAUAUAUGAGUGUAUUGAAGAAAACUUUAAGUUGAUUCAAGCAUAUGCUGAUCCUGAUACAGAUGAAAAUUUUUACACCUGUGCCUGGUCUUUUGAUGAUGUUACUGGACAUCCCUAUUUAGCAGCAGCUGGUACUCGUGGGGUUAUUAGAAUUAUUGGUCCUUCUGUGCAGAAAACUAUUAAACACUACAUUGGACAUGGAAAUGCAAUAAAUGAACUGAAAUUCCACCCUUAUGAAUGUAACAUACUACUUUCAGUCAGCAAAGAUCAUGCUUUACGAUUGUGGAAUACUAAAACCGAUCAAUGUAUUGCUAUAUUUGGUGGUGUUGAAGGGCAUAGAGAUGAAGUCUUAAGUGCUGAUUUUGAUUUAUUGGGUCAGAAAAUAGUUUCUUGUGGCAUGGACCACUCUUUAAAGAUAUGGGAAAUAAAUGAUCCUAAUGUUCAAGAUGCUAUCAAGGAAUCUUAUGAGUAUAAUCCAUCUAAAUCAAACAAGCCUUUUAACACUCUGAAGCAACAUUUUCCUAUUUUUACAACUCGUGACAUUCAUAUGAAUUAUGUUGACUGUGUCAGAUGGAUGGGAAAUCUCGUUCUCUCUAAAUCUUGUGAAAACUGCAUUAUAUGUUGGAAGCCUGGACAGUUGGAUCAACUUGAGAUUACUCCCACUGAUAACUCAGUGACCAUCAUUCAACGCUAUGAAUUCAAGGAAUGUGAAAUAUGGUUUAUGCGAUUCUCAUUAGAUGCAGAACAAAAGAUAUUAGCUUUGGGGAAUCAAGUAGGGAAGGCUUAUGUCUGGGAUUUAGAUGUCGAUGAUCCUGGAACUGCUAGGUGCAUAGUCCUUACACAUCCAAAAUGUAACUCUCCUAUUCGUCAGACUAGUCUAAACAAGGAUGGUUCCAUUCUGCUUUGUGUCUGUGAUGAUGGCUCUGUAUGGAGGUGGGAUAGAAUCAGUAAAAUGUGAACUGUUUUUUGUACAUAAUCAUACACUUCAUGUAAUAAAGCAUUUUUUUUAAUAUUUA